AUGCCCGCCAAUCGAUCCACCCCCGGUUCAUCCUCGGCCACGCUGCCACUGCCUCACGAAAUUCUCUCCUUCCGAGGCGCAGCUCCCCUGGACUCGCCCCAGGUCCUCAUCCACGACCUCGACGCCCUCGUACACAGCCAGCACCACCAGCGUCUCGAGCGCCAACGCCAGCAGCCGCCCGCCGCGCUCGCUCCACACACCCUAGACCCUGCCUGGCACGACGACUACCACAGCUUCCAGGAGAUCGCAGACCACCUCCUUGAUCUCGAGCACGCUUACCCCUCCCACGCACGCCGCAUCCAGAUCGCAACCACCCACGAGGGCCGCCCCAUCUACGCCCUCAAGCUCGCCAAGCGCCAGCCAGCUCCGCCCAACGACGGCGACGACGACGGCGACGGCGAUGGCGAGCUGUCACCCCAGAAAAAGAACAGCAAGAAGAACAAGGGCAAAAAGGGCGGCGACAAAAAGAAGAAGAAGAAGAAGCACCGCAAGCCGGAGCCAAUCGGUAUCGUCAUUGCCGCCGAGCAGCAUGCAAGAGAGUGGAUCUCGACGUCGACGUCGCUCUUUUUCGCCUCAGAGCUGCUCCGGUCGGCGCUGGGUAGCCCGCAUCCGCAGCCUCAUCCUCACCCUGGUCCCGACCCCAACCCCAACCCCGACCCCAAUCCCGCCCCAAACCCUCCUCCGUCAAACUCGGACGACAACGACGAUGACGACGACGAGCCUGACACGCGCCUGCCCUCGCUGCCCUGGUCGCGCAAGCAGGCGCGACGCAUUCUCGAGCGCUUCAGCCUGACUGUCAUUCCGCUCUCGAAUCCGGACGGGUACGUGCACAGUUGGGACGAGAACCGCAUGUGGCGAAAGAACCGGCAGCCAACGACGGCCGCGGGCGACGAGGCCGGCUGCGUCGGCGUCGACCUCAACCGCAACUGGGGCUUCCACUUUGAUGCCGGCCUCAACCCUUGCAGCGAGGCGUAUGCCGGCGACAAGGCAUUCGACGCCAUCGAGACGCGCGCCAUGGCCCAGUACAUUGACGACCCCGCCAACGGCGUCGAGGGCUUCAUCGACCUGCACAGCUACGGCCAGCUGCUGACGUAUCCCUACUCGUUUUCAUGCUCUGAGGCCGUGGGCGACGAAGAGGACUUGCUCGAGGUAUCGCUGGGAGCGGUGCGUGCGCUCCGAAACGUGCACAAGCGCACAUUUACGAGCGGCAGGACGUGCGAAGUCGUCGGCGAGGCGGGCGGCAAUGCAAUCGACUGGACGUACAGCGUCAAGUGGUCCUUCAGCCUCGAGCUGCGCGAUGGCGGGACGUACGGAUUCCUCCUGCCGCCCGAGCAGAUCCGUCCGACGGGCGAAGAGACGGGCGCGGCCCUCGUCUACCUCCUCGACUUUAUCCACGAACGCGAAAAGGACAAGCAGAAGAGCGGACACCAUCGUCUUCAGUGA